AUGGCUCAUGCUCCUCUCCUCAGAAACAACACCGCUCCCGUAUUCCAGAACCAGAACGGAAUUGGUGGUCUACCCAAUACCAUGAGUAAUGCGCCCCGCGCCAGCCAGCUUUCCGGCUCGACAGCGUUCACAUCGGCCGGUUCAAUCAACUCGUUUGCGAGCACCUCGACCAUAACCCCCGCGCCGAAUGGCGGUCCUGUUAUCGCGACGGCGAACAUCAUCAACCAAAAGGCCGAUGCUUCCCGAUCCCUUUACCAGAUUUGCAUGUCGUUGAAGCAGCGUUUAGCACAAGUCCCAGGCUUCGACCCCUACCUGCAAGAGUUGGACCCAACCGACCCCGUCGAGUCACUGUGGAGCCUUUUCCGCACCGGCUACCCGUUCUUGGAUAUCUACAAUGCCCUGCAGCCCGAAAAGCCCCUCGAAAUCGACGGUCCGAACGCUGCGGCGUCAGAGAGCAAGAAGUCCAAGAUCGCCAUUUUCAAGUUUAUCCAGGCAUGUCUCAAAGAGCUCGGCAUCCCGUCCGCCGAAUGCUUCGUCAUCAGCGACGUCCUCGGAAACGACACGACUGGAUUUGUCAAGACAACCCAAGUGGUCAACCUUGUUCUCGAUCUCGCCGAACAAAGAGGACUACUGCUACAGUUACAGCCUUAUCCCGAAGAUGACAUGCCCAAGGAGCCCGGCUCCAAGUUGAGCUACAGAGACCACAUUAUUAAGGAACUGGUUGACACAGAGCGCAAGUAUGUGCAAGACUUGGAGAACCUUUACGAUUUGAAGAGCAGCUUGGAGACGAAGGGUAUCAUUACUGGCGACACGAUCCAUCAGAUUUUCCUCAACAUCAACGCUAUUCUCGACUUCCAGCGUAGAUUCCUCAUUCGAGUUGAAACGACAAAUUCCAUGCCGCAAACCGUUCAGCAAUGGGGUGCUCCCUUCGUCACAUACGAGGAGUCCUUUGACAUUUACCGACCGUUCAUCGCCAACCAACGAAAGGCUGCCCAGGUCGCCGGUCAGGUGUUUGACCAGAUCAAAGCUUCUGGACACCCGGUCGCAGCCGACUUCAACACCCUAGAUGGCUUCUUGCUCAAGCCAAUGCAGCGUCUGGUGAAGUAUCCUCUUCUGCUGAAGGACUUGUUGAAGAAGAGUGAAGACGAGUCGAUUAAGGCCGACCUGGCGGGAGGUAUUGAGGCGGCUGAAAGAGUGCUCUCUCGGGCCAACGAAGAGGUUAAUCGCGAUCUUCUGGACGAAGCCCUCGACGAUCUCCGAAACCGCGUGGAUGACUGGAAGAACCACCGCGUAGAACAAUUCGGUAGGUUGCUAAUGCACGGCGUCUACACAGUCGUCACUGGAAAGAGCGAGCAAGAGAAAGACUACGAGAUUUACCUGUUCGAGUGCAUCUUGCUCUGCUGUAAGGAAAUCUCGGCCAACAAGAGCAAGGACAAGAAGGACAAGACGCGGUCGACUGGACCCAAGAUCAGGAACAAGAACGCAAGAUUGCAACUCAAGGGUCGGAUUUUCAUGACGAAUGUUACCGACGUCGUCUCUCUGUCCAAGCCUGGAUCGUACAGCGUUCAGAUUUGGUGGAAGGGCGACCCCGGCGUCGAGAACUUUAUGAUCAAGUACACAAACGAGGAACAGAUGAAGAAAUGGGCCAACGCCCUCGAGUUGCAGCGGAAGGACAACGCACCGAAGGCAUCGACGAGCCCUGAUUCAGCCGCACCCGAUUUCGCCUGGACUCGCGAGCAUGGCGGCAAGCUCGAGAACCCGUAUCUCAACCAGCAAGACGAUGACGACGAGGACGAGAUGUGGCCACCUGCGUCCGCGCCAGCCCAGUUCCCGAUGCCGACACAGUCUACCGGAGGCACCAUGCUCCCUCGAAACGCGUCUAGCACCAGCCUUCGGCAACGUGCUGCUACGGGCGAGAGCCUUGCCGGCAUGGUGAGGGCGCCACCACCCCGAUUUCCGCUCCCGCAACCUCCCGCGCCCUUGAAUGUGCAAACACAGAUGCCUCCCCCAGGCGCAUCAUCCCCGGGAGCCCGUGGCGGCGAUUCAUACUUCUCGCCCGUGGCCGAAUCGCCAGUGUCAUCGCGUACGAGCACCGCGAGUGGCAUGUUCCCUAACCCUAACUACCAGUUCCCCAAGUCUCUGACGCCCCAGCCUGGAUGGGAAGAUCCCAACCAGAGAUACACUGCGCCGGCUAUGCCUCGCGCGCCGUCCAGAGAUGGCGCUCCCCAGAGAAACCCGCGUGGACCUUCUCUACCUGCUAUGGCAUCUAACAGCCAGAGCGCCGCUCAACAGCAGCGCAGCAGGUCGUACAGCACACCCGACAUCAACGGCCCAGGUGGCAUUCGCCGCACGCAAGGAGGCACGCCAGUUCCUACGGUGCCCAGUAUCCCAGCACACCUGCAUCCUGCUCAUGAUAACAACAUUCCCCGAUCUCAGACCGGCUCCCCCAGAAUGAACGACCUCCCCAUGCGCGCAAACACGCAGAGCCCUGGUGCGCAGCGAGAGCGCCAAUAUGGCCACCAGCAGUCUGGAAGUUACGGCGGCAGCAUGUCACAGUUCCCCGCACAACCGAUUUACCCCCGCCAGGGAACACCCAACUCUAUUGCGCAUGACCGGCAGCUCAGCAUCGACGCUGCUGCAUCAAUGAAUGCCGUGCUGUCUCCUCCACUUGGCACCGGUGUUAGCGCAACUCAGUCGAACCCGCUUGCCAGCCCGGACCUCCCGAUUCCUACCCAGCUCAAGGUCAAGGUGAACUUUGUCGACAGCGGAAACUACGUUACCCUGGUCGUUGCCUUCAAUAUUACCUACCAGUCACUGAUUGACCGAAUCGACGCCAAGUUGGCACGGUUCACGAACAGCAGCAUCAGCAAGGGAAUGCUCAAGCUGCGUUACCAGGACGAGGACGGUGAUUUCGUCACCAUCGCCAGUGACGAUGAUAUCCAGAUCGCCUUUAUCGAAUGGCGUGAAGGUGGAGUUGGCGAGAUCGAACUCUUCUGCGUUGGAGACACGGCCUAA